GAGAAAAGGAGGAACUGUGAUGUGAGAAGUGAUGAAGCUGCGCUUCUCAAAGAAACUUCUGCUAUCAGAACAGACAACCCUGCAUCACACUUUCAUCUGGACUUCAGUUCACUCUUCAGCUGACCGCAUUUUGUGAACAGCUAGUAGGAAAACUAACAGAGAUGCGCUACACGUUUAAGCCGGAUGACUGUAUGGUCAUCAGCAUUCCUCUGGGAAACCUCAGGAACACGAGAGACGGCCAGCUGAUGCCCGAGAAAUUCACCUGCGUCUUCAAAGACACUUACAAGGUCUUUCUUAAAGGACGGCCAAAGGAACUCGGGGCGGCUCAGCUCAGCAUCGGGGUGUUUGUGAUCUGCAUAGGCAGCCUCAUUACUCUUGAAUACAGUCCGUAUCAUCUAAUGUACAUCCUACCUAGUGCCCUGUUCAUUGCCAGUGGCAUUCUGACAUUUGCAGCUGGACAUUCUCCAUUCAUGCCUGUGGUGAAGCUGUCCUUCAUAUUCAACAUUAUCAGCCUUUUCUGGUCAAUCGCAGCUAUGGUUAUCUGUUCGUUAUUGGAAGGCGGAAGAUGGAAUGAUAAUAACAGCCCAGAUGACAACACAAGGAGAAACAUGUUUGUGGGGCUGAAGGUGGUGAUCGGUGUGUUGUGUGGGUUUGAGCUGAUUCUGGCUGUGAUUCUGAUCUACUGGGAGAGUAAAGCCGUGUGCCGAUCUCACUUCAACACUCUGCCCUUGAUCACCAUCAAGCAAGACGUUUGAUCAGACGGGUGAGAUCGAGGAAAAAUGACCUUAAUGUGUAUUAAUGUGCAUAUAAAUGCUUGUUUAAUGCCUUUUUCUGUAGCUCAGCUGGUGCUGCAGUGUCAGGGUCAUGGGUUCGAUUCCCACGAACGUGUGAAUAGAUCAAAUGUUUAGGAUGAAUGCGCUGUAAAUUGCUAUUUCUAUGCAUUUGCUCACUAUUAAAGUACUGAGUACUGUUUACCUCUCAUCAUCUGUUUGUGCAAUCAGUCAAGCUAAUGUAUUAUAUAUAUAUAUAUAUAUAUAUAUAGUAUUAAAUAUAGUAUAGUAUAUAGUGCUGUCAAACGACUAAUCGCGAUUAAUCGCAUCCAAAAUAAAAGUUUUUGUUUACAUAA